UGGCAGGAUUUUGGGCAGGUGUGCGUUCGUUUUGGAACCGGGCUGUCUCCUUGGGGUGAGCCAGGUGCCCCCUCCUCCGUGGUUCAAAGCCCACGGUGAAGUAGGCUCCAAAGAAAAGUGACAUAGCCUAGGCUAGAUCAAGCACGUGGAGUAAAUAGUGGGAUUCGGUAUUUUCACAUGCACAAGUGAUUUAUUUUUUAAAUAAAAAUGCUUUAUCUGCCUCCCCAUCCCAAUGAAAACUAGUUCAAAAAUUCAAACAUAUUUGUUAUGGACAGGAAAUAUACAUGUAUGGACCUUGCUACCUUGUUGACAACCUGAAAGAUUACUGUAAAGUUUGAGAAGGGCGCUCCACCGCUUUUGCUCGUUCAUAGACAUGUGCACCGCGGCUCGGGUUAAUAGAACGCCCUCAUUUUCAUAAGCUUCACUUGUUAUCGUUCCACGCAUAUUGACCAAUCGCAAAGUAGCGGUCUGGUCCUUCGAAGGACCCGAUGAGGUCGUGGGUAUACACGAACAUAAAUGCAAUAAAAUGUGAAUACUUUAACUAGAAUUCAUCGAAUUUCCUUAUUUUACAAUUCACAAAACGAAUGAUUGACAGCAAUGAUAGAUGCAUAGAUACAUAUUUGUGAAUGAUAUUUUUUGUUUACAUUAUUUUACGUCAGGCUUAUAUAAGGUUGAUGACUUGGUUUAUCUCACUCUGUAUAAUCGUAGCUAGUUUUAAACUGUUGAGGCUCGGGAGUCGAUCUACCGCAACAGCGGGGAUACUCUGUCUGCUUCAGCCGAAAUAUGGUUCGCAUGAUGGGGCUGCUUUCAGUGAGUGUUUGGCCCCUGCGGAACGGGGUGCAGGCUUGGGGCAGAGGCUGCGCCACCAUCCCUGCAGCUUUUCGCUACAGUAACGUUAGCGCAUUAUCGAAGUGUUCUGCAUUAAAACGAAUCAAUCCCAUGGGAUUAAAUCAAUGCACUUUCACAUUGGCUCGAUUGCUCAGUUCCAAACCCCCACGAGGAUUUGAGAAGUUCUUCCCAAAGAGUGAGGACACUCCUGGAGUGAACAAAUCAUCUGAAGAGACCGGAGAUGAGAAGACCAAAGAGCCAGAAUCUCAGGGCGGAGGAGAAGGGGGACCAAAUGGAGGUGGCGAGAGAGAGAGGAGGAGAGGCGGAAGGAAGGAUGAAUCAGACUGGUGGACACGCUUCCAGAAUGAUUUCCCCUGGGAUGAGAAGACCAUGCGCAAUGUCGCGAUCGGAUUCGCCGGCAUGGCCUCUGCGUUCCUGUAUUUCUACUUCCGAGAGACUGGGAAGGAAGUCUCCUGGAAGGACUUUGUAAAUAGCUACCUGGCCAGAAGACUGGUGGAACGUCUGGAGGUAGUCAACAAACAGUAUGUUAGAGUCAUCCCAGUGCAUGGAGUCAAUACGUCAGAGGUGAGCUACCUGUGGUUCAACAUCGGCAGCGUGGAGACGUUUGAACGCAACCUGGAGCUGGCCCAGCAGGAGAUGGGCCUGGACUCUACACACAGAGUAUCUGUGAUCUACGGAAGCGAGAGCGACGGUACUUUCCUGAUGAGCAUUCUUCCAACCCUGUUGCUGGUUGGCUUCCUGCUCUUCACCAUGCGCCAGGGACCAAUGGCAGGAGGCCGUGGCGGAGGGCGGGGCAACCCCUUCAGCAUGGGCGAAUCCAAGGCCAAGAUCAUGAAGGACAACAUUGACGUGAGAUUUAAGGAUGUGGCGGGCUGCGAAGAGGCCAAGCUGGAGAUCCUAGAGUUUGUCAACUUCCUGAAGAACCCCCGGCAGUACCAGGACCUGGGGGCCAAGAUCCCCAAGGGUGCAGUGUUGUCGGGUCCACCCGGCACAGGGAAGACCCUGCUGGCCAAGGCCACAGCCGGAGAGGCCAAUGUCCCCUUCAUCACCGUCAACGGAUCUGAGUUCCAGGAGAUGUUUGUUGGCGUGGGCCCAGCCAGGGUGAGGGAUAUGUUUGCCAUGGCCCGUAAGAACGCUCCCUGCAUCCUGUUCAUCGAUGAGAUAGAUGCUGUGGGCAGGAAGAGAGGCAGAGGGAACUUUGGGGGACAGAGUGAGCAGGAGAACACACUCAACCAGCUGCUAGUGGAGAUGGAUGGGUUCAACACCAGCACUAACGUGGUCGUCUUGGCUGGUACCAACCGACCAGACAUCCUGGACCCAGCACUGAUGAGACCUGGGCGCUUCGACAGACAGAUUUACAUAGGUCCACCAGACAUAAAGGGCAGAGCGUCCAUCUUUAAGGUCCAUCUGAGGCCUCUGAAGCUGGACUCCAGUAUAGACUCUGAAGCUUUGGCCAGGAAACUAGCUGCCCUCACACCUGGCUUCACUGGAGCUGAUAUUGCCAACGUGUGUAAUGAGGCGGCCCUGAUAGCAGCACGCUACCUUAACGAGUCUAUCAACGUCAAUCACUUUGAGCAGGCCAUCGAGAGGGUCAUCGGAGGUCUGGAGAAGAAGACCCAGGUACUACAGCCAUUAGAGAAGACCACUGUAGCAUACCACGAGGCUGGCCAUGCUGUGGUGGGCUGGUACCUGGAACACGCUGACCCUCUGCUCAAGGUGUCAAUCAUCCCCCGGGGGAAGGGUUUGGGGUAUGCUCAGUACCUCCCUAAGGAGCAGUACCUGUUCACGCGGGAGCAGCUGUUUGACAGGAUGUGUAUGAUGCUGGGGGGACGCGUGGCAGAGCAGGUCUUUUUUGGGAAGAUCACCACAGGGGCACAGGAUGACCUCAGGAAGGUCACGCAGUCUGCCUACGCACAGGUGGUUCAGUUUGGGAUGAGUGAGGUGGUGGGCCAUGUGUCUUUUGAGCUCCCCAGGCAGGGAGAGAUGGUGAUGGAGAAGCCUUACAGCGAGCCCACGGCCCAGCUCAUAGACCAGGAGGUCCGCUCACUCAUCGACGCUGCCUUCCAACGCACACACCAGCUCAUCACUGAGAAGAGAGAUGUGGUGGAGAAGGUGGGGAGGCGUCUCCUGGAGAAGGAGGUCCUGGACAAGGCUGAUAUUCUGGAGCUGCUGGGUCCUCGCCCCUACGAGGAGAAGUCUACGUAUGAGGAGUUUGUGGAGGGGACGGGGGCCAUGGAGGAGGACACCUCCUUUCCUGAGGGCCUCAAGAACUGGAACAAGGACCGGGGGAUGGAAGAGCCCCCCCAGGAGCAGCAACGCAAACAGGCUCUUUACCUGUAGACGGACACCACGUCUGACCUGGCCCCCACCCAACCAGGCCACUGGAGGGACAUGUUGAGACUCAUAUGGUGAGGGGAGGGCACUUGACAUGACCCAGAUAGACUGAUAUCAGGGGAGGGUGUCAGGUUUAAGAAGGCAUCCCUGCACCGUGUCCCUGAUGGCUACAGAUUGAGGGUUGUGGGAUGCAGCAGGGGAUCUGCUCCAACAGUCCUAGAUUGUGAAAAUUCUCAUGUAGACUUUUUUUAUUCAUAUGGGAAUGCAAAAAGGUGUUCCUGUAUUUUGGUUUUGCAGGGAAUGAGAUUCAUCAAUCUGUGAAGGAUAUCCACUCCACCAUGCCGUUCCUGUCUUUCCCUGGAGAUUCCCUGCUGUACUAUGUUCCUCCUUUAUCCUGACCAUAGUGCAUUUCAGGGCCUGUGUGGUCAUUCUAAGGCCAUAGAGACCAUGGUCAUCACAUCUUUGCAACAGGGAAAAUAUAUUGUUUUUAUAAACUCAGCAAAAAAAGAAGUGUCCCUUUUCCAGGACCCUGUCUUUCAAAGAUAAUUCAUAAAAAUCCAAAUAACUUCACAGAUCUUCAUUGUAACGGGUUUAAACACUGUUUCCCAUGCUUGUUCAAUUAACCAUAAACAAUUAAUGAACAUGCACCUGUGGAAUGGUCGUUAACACUCUAACAGCUUACAGACGGUAGGCAAUUAAGGUCAAAGUUAUGAAAACUUAAGAGGCCUUUCUACUGACUCUGAAAAACACCAAAAGAAAGAUGCCCAGGGUCCCUGCUCAUCUGCGUGAACGUGCCUUAGUCAUGCUGCAAGGAGGCAUGAGGACCGCAGAUGUGGCCAGGGCAAUACAUUUACAAUGAUGUAGGUAUGCAGACCCGUGAGCAACUGCGGCCCCUACUGCGGCCCCUUACGAUGAGAUCAGUUUUUUUUGUGGCCCCCACCCCCAUCAAAGUUACCCGUCCCUGGUGUACAUAUCUCAUAUGAGAUGUUUUCUUUUAGAUUUCAUAUUGGAACAUGAAGGUCUAUGUGAGUGUGCGUUGCACCAUUGUAAUAAUUUGGUGGGUGCUUAUUUGUCCUCUUUCACACAUGUACAAGUGUGUAUUAAUACCAUGUGUGAAUUGGACAUAUUUUUUUUUCGUAUCUCAAUUCCUCCUGAGACACCCUCAGAGAGUGGGGUUACGGCCAGGGUCUGCCAUUAUCAACUGCGACCCUAGAGCAAUUAGGUAAGUGCCUUGCUCAAGGGCACAUUGACAGAUUUUCUUUUUCACGUAGUCGGCUCUGUGUUUUAAAUCAAAUCAAAUUUUAUUUGUCACAUACACAUGGUUAGCAGAUGUUAAUGCGAGUGUAGCGAAAUGCUUGUGCUUCUAGUUCCGACAAUGCAGUAAUAACCAACGAGUAAUCUAACCUAACAAUUCCACAACUACUACCUUAUACACACAAGUGUAAAGGGAUAAAGAAUAUGUGCAUAAAGAUAUAUGAAUGAGUGAUGGUACAGAACGGCAUAGGCAAGAUGCAGUAGAUGGUAUAGAGUACAAUAUAUACAUAUGAGACGAGUAAUGUAGGGUGUAUAAACAUAAAGUGACAUAGUUUAAAGUGGCUAGUGAUACAUGUAUUACAUAAAGAUUGCAAGAUGCGGUAGAUGAUAUAGAGUACAGUAUAUACAUAUACAUAUGAGAUGAGUAAUGUAGGGUAUGUAAACAUUAUAUUAAGUGGCAUUGUUUAAAGUGGCUGGUGAUACAUUUUUACAUACAUUUCCAUCAAUUCCCAUUAUUAAAGUGGCUGGAGUUGAGUCAGUAUGUUGGCAGCAGCCACUAAAUGUUAGUGGUGGCUGUUUAACAGUCUGAUGGCCUUGAGA